GGAGGAGGAGGAGUUUUAAUACAACUAAAACAUAAUAACAAAAAAUGUUGGCCUAUAUUAGUCUAACUUUACUAUUGCUUCAGGGAUUAGUUUCGGCUAACCCGGUUGGCCAACCCUGGAAUGAUGACCCGGCGCCGGAUAUGCAGAAAAUCAUCGACGAAUACAAGGGUCUAACUGAGCCGGUAACUGUCGAUCAUAUAUUGAAAAAUAUGGAUCACCUGGCUGAACUGAAUAAAUUGAUAGCUGCCUGGUUGAAAACGGAAGGCCUGGACUACUUGUCGGGUAUGGUUGAAAAAGGUAGUGGCGAUGGGAAAAAAGGUAUACAGGAAGCUAUCGAUGCUAUCAAUAAGGAACCGGAACCGUUGAAAAAACAGGAUACUAUGGAAUUGGGUAUAUCGACUGAAUAUAUGACCCAGUCAAGUGAUAUCAGUUAUAAGGCACGAAAGGGAACUCAUAUUGUUGUUAAGGGAACGGCAGCUGAACUACAGAAGCAGUUUGUUGAGACCCGUACGAAAAUUAUGGGUUUACUACAGAAAGCUAUCGAUAAGGAAAAAUCAAUGCCUGAUAAACAAUUCUGGUAUCAAUUGCAUCAAGUGAUGAAAACCGUAAUGACUCAAGCAUUCGCCCAAUUGGACUCAGAUGUGGCCAAAAUUACGCCCGAAACGACCAAAACUAAAACAUUGCAAGCGUUGGCCGAUUUUGCCGAAAUGAUGUGGAAAGCCGUCAAUGUUAUACGUAUACCGACCAAACCGCCGAUGAUUGUCGACGACGAGGCCGACCUAAUGGGUUAAAAAAAAUAAAUUAAAAUUUAAAAAAAUUGAAAAUUAUUUAUAAUAGUUUUUUGUUGUUGUUGGUGUUGUUG